UGUGCGAGCCCACCUCUGGCCCCAGGCCCCGGCGGCCCGGCCCGCGGCCAUGAACCUCUUCCGAUUCCUGGGGGACCUCUCCCACCUCCUGGCCAUCAUCCUGCUGCUCCUCAAGAUCUGGAAGUCCCGCUCCUGCGCGGGGAUCUCGGGGAAGAGUCAGGUUCUGUUCGCCGUGGUCUUCACUGCCCACUACCUAGAUCUGUUCACCAAUUACAUCUCCCUCUACAACACGUCUAUGAAGGUGGUCUACAUCGCCUGCUCCUUCACCACCGUCUGGAUGAUCUAUAGCAAGUUUAAAGUCACUUAUGACGGCAACCAUGACACCUUCCGAGUGGAGUUUCUUGUGGUCCCCACAGCCAUCUUGGCGUUUCUGGUCAACCAUGACUUCACCCCACUGGAGAUCCUUUGGACCUUUUCCAUUUACCUGGAGUCUGUGGCCAUCCUGCCACAGCUGUUCAUGGUGAGCAAGACGGGUGAAGCGGAGACCAUCACCAGCCAUUACCUGUUUGCCCUGGGCGUCUACAGGACGCUCUACCUGUUCAAUUGGAUCUGGCGCUACCAGCUUGAAGGCUUCUUCGACCUCAUCGCCAUUGUGGCUGGCCUGGUGCAGACUGUUCUGUACUGCUACUUCUUCUACCUCUACAUCACCAAAGUCUUAAAGGGGAAGAAGCUAAGCCUGCCUGCAUAGUGGUGGUUCCCAGGGGCAUCUCCGCAGCAGUAGCAGCGAUGGCAGAGGAGACAGGCCGCAGCAGCACGGGUGGGGUGGGGUGGAGCAGGGGGGCCCCAGGACCUGCCCAGCCCAAGGGGUACCUUUUUAAAAGAAUCCAUGGAUCCCACCCCCUCCUCUC